AUGGUGAAGUGCAAGAAGAUCAAGCAACAUGGUCGUAGGGAACGUAAGGAGAAACAGAAGUUUCGUGAAACUUGUAUGCGGAGAAACCUGACGAUUCUUCGUAGGAUUAUACCAGGUUGUGAAGAAGUAGAAGAGGAGGAAGCCUUGAUUCUCAAGUCAAUUCAGCAUCUCAUGCUUCUCAAAUCUAAGGUUACUUUACUUAGAAAGCUAGCUGAUGUUUGUGGAGUCUAA